AUGAAAUACAUUCCCAUUGAAAGAGAUAAAAGAAGGUCUAGAUAAGGAACCAGAGGUAUACUUCAGAGAGUACCGUCAACAAAAGAUAGUUUAUUCAAGAAACAAGUCUAAAUUUAAGAUCCAUUUCAAUAAACAAAAUAGCCAUUCAGAUUCAAAUAACCUGAAGCACCCAGCGUAUAAUAUGGAGACAUUGCAAUGCAACCGUCUAAGUUUGGAGAUACAUACGUUGAGAUUCCUCCUCCGCCAACUCCUCCAACACCUCCGACUCCAGAAGAUUAGAAAUAUGAAAAAAUAAAGGAAAAGCAUUUCACUACUAAAGAUGGCAAAAGAGUUAAAGGUUAUUCAACUCUCCCACCUGAAAAAAAAUUGCGUAAGAAGCUUGAAAACUUCGAACUUAAAGAAGCUGAAAAUCAUAGGAUGCUAAAUUGGAUAGAUGUUGCUAACUUUGAUGAUUUUCAAACUCCGGCUGGUAUGGCUUCAAUCAAGGGUCUCUAAAAUAAUGAUAGAGGUGAAAAAUGGGUUAAGAGAGAAGAUGAUCUUAAUCAUCCUCUUUAUUAUAGUACAAAUCAAUACGAUAAAUAUGAUGAUGCUUAAUUCAAGUUCACAAUGAGUAACAGACCACAAGGACCAAUCAAGGUCCCAAACUUAAAUCAUGUUCCAGAUGAUGAUCCUCUAAAGUAUCACGAUCCACAAAGUACUAAGAAACUCAUAGUAGCUUAGUAAAAUAUGAGAUCAGCAAUACCAUAAACAUAUCAAAAUUAUUAAAGAAGAAAAGUAUAAGAAUUAUAUGGUGCACCAAGAAUGAGAGAUGAUGAGGAAGAGGAGGAGUAAGAGUAAUUGUUGACUAGAACUCCUAUUUUAGAUGAAGAUGCUGAAGAGCGUAAAACUGGAACAAUCGUUGGAGGUCAUGAGGUUGAUUAAGGCAUGAUAGGAACAAAGACAAAUUUAACAGCUUAUCCAUUAUCAAAGUAAUCUGCAAUCGCUGGAUCUAAAUAAUAGACAGAUAAAUUUGGACUCACUUACAGACCAAAUACUAAAAAAUCAGAAGCAACAACAGCAGCCGAGAGUAAGUAUAAGUUUACUGAUAAAUCCGCAACUGAAUUUGCUAAUGGAGGCACUCAGGUUUAUUUAACUAGGGAUUAAGAACUCUUAUCAAUGAAAAUUAAGAGUAAAGGACAGGACUAUACUCUUGGAUAAACUCGAAGCGAAGCUAAUAGAUAUGAGCACUUUGGAACAUCUAGAUAUAUAAAUGAAAAAGAGAAGGCAAAACCUACUAGCUAUUCUGUGUUUCAAAAUCCUUUCCUUAGUUCUGCUAUAACAGGCUAUUAUAAUUAAAAUAUACCAACUUAAGUUCCAACAACAACUCAUCUUAGAAAUUAAUAAUUGAAUAAAUUUAUGCCAAAUAGCUAAAGCAGUGGAGCCUUGAAUGGCCCAAUGUAACCUAGAUUAUAGAAUGACGAUCAACAUGAAAGUGCUUUUGAUGAAUAUCAAUAUAGAAAUGGCAAGAAAUACAUACAACCUUUAAAAUAAUAUAAUAAUCAUCCUGCAUUUCACAAGCAUGAUGAUUAUGAUUGGGUAUUUAAGAAAUAUGAUCCUGUCAAUAUUAAUAAAGGCCAUGAUCUUUUACAUUGGUAAGAUCCCUAUCCUAUGAUAGAAAGCUAAUAACUUGGAAAUUUAAUGAGAAAUGCAACAAUUUCUACUCUUCAUAGGCACGAUCCUUUCGAAAUUAAAUUGUUACAAUACGAUCUACAUCAUCCUGAUUCAAGAAGUUCAUAUAAUUUAGCUCAAUAGACUCCGUUCUCAAAAAUCCCAAUGAUCGAUUCCAGAACAACUCAUUUAAAAGAAGGUUAGAUGAGAUGGCAUUUACCAAAGCCAAAUGAUGCUGUACUUUUACCAGCUUAAAGGGAGGCUAUUAAUCAUAGAUUUUCACAUUUCUAUCUUUACCUCUACUAGGAUUAAUUCAAAGAGAUAGUCGUUAGAUUCGAUCUGUAUAAUGAUACUUUAGAGAAAUUCGCAAUUCCAGGUUUACCCUGCCUUAAUCCUGGGACUAUUUAAAUAUCCGCAACGUAGCUAUUUAUUUGUGGUGGGAUUUAAAAGCACGGAGGGGAUUUAAAGAAAAGAGGCUAGCCUUCAGGAUUUACUGCCAUUUUUGACAUUGAAAAAGGUUAGUUAGUAAUAGUAAGUGAAAUGAAUCAUGGAAGGCAUUCUCAUGGUCUCUGCAUGCUAGAUUAAGAAGUUUAUAUACUUGGAGGUGUUACAGCAAAAGAGUAUUCUUGCGGUCGAAUGGAAAGAUUUAAUGUUGUAUCUAAAUCAUGGCAAAGUUUACCAGCCAGUAGAUUUUCCAGAUUGAAUCCAAGAAUGUGUGCAUCCUUCAACUCAAAAAUAAUCUACGUUUUCGGGGGUGUACCUGAUCAUAGAGAUGCUAAUAAAUAAGUUGAAAUGCUGAUAACUGCAACAAUGGACUGGAAGACAAUGAAUGUUGAAUUACCUAUUGAGUUUAAGGGAAGUCGACUACAUUUUUGCAUGAUGGUUGAGGGAAAAUUUUAUAUGCCUCCAUUAGCUGUUGCCUAAGUUGAAAAUUCCUUAUUUAAUGAUAUUGAUGACAAAAUUAUUCUUUUUCAAUAUGGAUCUGUCAGUGAUGUCACUCCAGAUAUAACAGUACUAUAUUUAAAUGGAGAUGAGGGGAGAGUUGCGGAGCUUCAUUAUGAUAAAGCUAACUCAGAUAUGAGUUCUUAUGAAAAGAGAGAUGUAGUAUUCGACCCUCUUUCAAAGAGGAUUGUUACAUUUACUGCUAUUGAUCCAUAGGUAUUUGAUUACAUAUCUUUGCAUGAAGAUUUUUUCAUGUGGAAACAAGGAAAAUUUCUAUAGCAUUAUAAUCAUUGA